CCAUCUGCCAAGUCUUUACAGAGCUAAACAUGUGUACAAGGAAAGGCUGUAGUAAAUCGAACUACUGUAAGUUAGGGUAGCAUUCGGAAGCCCACGUUGUGGUACAAUCUGAAAACAUUUGAGAGUAUGUUUCGGGACGAGUCAGUGCAAAGUAACAUAGAAGCCUGUGAUCGCGAGAUCGUUUAUUUAAACGCAAAGGAAGAAUUAUCUGCAGAUGUGACUAAUACCCUGACACUUGUAAUCGAAAAGCUUAAAUCAUGCACAAGCAACGGCGCGAAGCGGAGCAAAGAGCGCAGUCUCGAGGAGGCUUCGCAGCUGCUGAGGAGGGUCCAGGCGAAGCGGCUACGGGCGCUGGAGGGCAAAUGCAUCCUCCCUUUCGCGCGACUCCUCAUCUCUAUGCAACUGGACAUGUCGCACAUCUCCACAGCCUGCCGUAAACUGGACCAGAUGUUGCAACAGCUGUCAGAAGUUAAUCAUUCUGUCGUUCUCGAAGAGACAAAAGCAUGUGUGAUGACUCUGGUACAGAAAGAACAGAUAUUGUCUGCCAAAGAUCUCCAAACAGUAUGCAUGUUCUUGGAAGACAGCACCAUGGGGCGUGAGGUGUGCAGGCAGAUUUGCCCGUCUCUGCUUAGCAGAGUAGCUGAGGUUUUCGCCGUGACGCUGGAGAAAGAUGCGUCGAGAAACGGAGAGCGGUGUUACCUAGCGGUCAAGGUCUGUCUCCAGGUGUUCCAGCUGUUGCACAGGGAGGUGGCCCACCUGGUGUGGGAGAAGAACUCAGGUGACUCGGCUGUGCAGAGCAUUCUCAAGCACCUGAUGUCCAUCAUCCUGGGAGAGACCUCGAACCGCGACGCUCGCCUCCUUUCGGGCACGGCCGUGGCCAUGCUGAUCAACACGUCCCCGGAGGCCCGGGGGGACGGCGGCCUGGCUGCGCGGAGCCUGCUGCAGGUCACCAGCGCAGAUCCCUGGCUGUUGUGCGUGGGUGGACUCCGGGUCGAAUGCAGGCCCAGCGGGUCUGACGGUGUGGACAGGCUGGCAGUGACGCGGGGCCUGCUUACCUGCUGCCGCAAGGACAUCCUGACCGGCCCGCUGGACAACAACGGGACGUGUCUGAUCCUGGACGGGCUGUUUCCUGUGGUCUCUGCCUUGUGUGAGGAAAAGCUGGACUGCCACUACUAUGUCUUCCAAGUCUUUACCCUGUGGCUGAGGUGCCUGAAGGACUGUCUGGAGGAGGUGUGGGAGGUGCGCGGCGCCCCCUUGCUGCAGGAGGACCACGGCCUGCGGCGGCGACUCACUCAGGUCAUCUGGAACAAUGCGGAGAGCCCCCUGGAGGGCGUGUCGGAGUUUGUGCACGGUUCUUUCCGCCUGCUGCUGGAGGUCUACCAGCUGGACUGCCGGCGUUUCGGCGGCGCGGAGAGGCCCCUCUACCUCGCCUUACUGCGGCGCAUCUCCUCCCUGCCCUGGCAAGCCAAAGCCAAGUACCCCCCCCUCUCCGCGCUGCUCCCCUACGUGGGCACCAGCACGGUAUUGGAACACUUUCCAGAGCUUCCCCGUCAUCUCCUGAAGUGCUUUUCCACCAAUCACCUGUCCCCGUGCGCCUCGGACGUCUACAAGUCUGUCAUCCACCAGCAGAGGCGGGAGUUGUGCGGGGGCGUCGGCCAGGACGCCGCCCCGCCCUCGGAGGCGGAGCUUGCGGAGGAGUGGGCGCGGCGGUGGCGCCCCACGCUUCUGGAGGCCCUGACCUCGGACGUGACCCUCCUGCAGGGCGGCGCCACCGGCUGCCUCCUGCCCUGCACCCUGCGCACGUUCCCGGGGGCCUUCGGGGCCCUGCUGGCCCCCCUGGAGCCGGGCCGCCCGGGGCACCUCCGCGCCUGGACCAGCGUCAUGAGCGCCCGUCGGGCCGCCAGCGCCGCCCCGCCCCCGGACGACGCCCGCACCGCGGAGACCCUGCGCCUGGCGCUGGGCUCCCUGGACGACGGCGUGCGAUUGGCCGCCCUCAACCUCCUCUGCUGCAGCCCCAAAACCAGCCAGCCGCCGACUGGGGCGGAGCUCUCCGCCGUCCGGGGCUUCCUCCCCCUCAACCUGAACUGCGAGUCCGCCCCCUUUCGCCAGCACCUCCAGGUGGCGCUGAGGAAGCUCCUGGUACGCCUCCGCGACAGCUGCCUGGCACGCCUCAAGGCCAGGAGGGGGCGGGGCAGGGGCAGAGCCCGCCAGGGCACGGAGGAGGAGGAGGAGGAUACGGAGCUGGAACAAGGAGUCGACUUUGUGGACUGGCUGGCCCAGCUGCCCUUCGCCUACCUGGCUCCAGGCCACAGUUACCAGAGGAAGAGGACGGUGCUCCUCCUCCUGUCCGCCGUUCUGGAGACCUGCACUGACACCUGGAGGCCCGACAAGAAGAAGGGCCAGCCGCCAGCGAACGUGUCCGAUUUGAUCGGCUUCGCGAGGCGGAGGGGGCGGUGGGACUUCUUCGCCCGGCAGAAGCUCCUGGUCCUUAUCGGCUGUCUGGAGGACUCCACCAACGAGGUUCGAGAGCUGGCCGCCGGGCUCCUCCUCCGCUUCUUUCCCCGGCCCCUCCCCCCAGACCUCGGCCCCGCCCUGCUGGAAAGGGCGGGGCAGCUCCUGCGCAGCCCGCGCGUCCAGGACGGGCAGACGGGGGCGCUGUUCUUCCGCGUCCUGCUCGAGAUGUGUGGGGACGCCUCUGUCUUCCCGGAGCGGGAUGGAGCUGCGCUCAGCGCGGAUACGCGUGGCGGGAUGGCGGACGCCGUGCUCCGGGUUCUCCUGCGAGAGUUAGAAGAGCACUAUCUGACCGCCAAGAGCGACCUGCUCCUGGCCGCCAAGACCAGGCCCGUACACGGGGUUCUGGCUGCCCUGCAGAAGUGUCUGCUGGACGGUUCUGACACCCUGGGCCCGGUGCAGAAGGCAGUGCUGCCCCUGUCCGUGGCGGACGCCAUUUUGGAUCUGCUGGAGCGGGUCAGUCGCCUCCUGCUGGGGGUGCUGUACGGCGACCAGGCUGCGUGUGCCGAAGAGACGGAGGCCCCCCCGUCUUUCUGUGACAUGGGGAAUGCCAUUAGCUCCGUGAUCGCCCAGGGUGGGGGCCCGGGCGUGGGGGAGGACGAGGACGAGGACUGCGUGCUGCUGUCGGAGGAGCACAGCCUGGUCCUCACCUGCUGUUGGGUCUCCCUCAAGGAAAUAGGGAUUUUUUUAGGCAGUUUUGUGGAGAACGCCAUGGCAACGCCUUGCUCCAUAGAGGCUCCCCUGACCGCAGAGUACCUGAAGAGGGCCUCGGCGGUGUUCAAGGACAUCCUCCUGAAGUGCCGUCACUGGGUAAAGACCGCUCGACCCCGCGCCAACCUGGCAUCGCUGGGUGUUUGGGAAGUGGGCUUUCGCGCCGCCUCUGAGCAAUGGAUUGAGCUGCAGGAGGUUCCUGCUCGCAUGCUGAAGCAGGGCCUGUCGGUGCUCCAGGCGCCGCGCGGGACCUCCGUCACGCGCCGGGCGGCCGGGCUGCCCAUGCUCAUCCUCUGCGUGGCGGCGGCGGAGGACGCCAGCAAGUCCCGCCCCCUCCUGGCGCUCAGCGUGGCGACGCUGCUGGAGACCGCCGGCGCCCCCGUGCCGCAGAGCUGGGACCAGACCGUGGACCUGCCGCAGGUGUGUGCGGUCCACACGCUGCAGGCCCUGGUGCGCGGCUCUGGGCUGGGCGUGGCCGUGCUCCAGUACGCCUCCUCCAUGACCAUCCUCUCCCUCCAGCUCCUCAGCUCCCCCUGCUGGGCCAUGAGGAACGCGGCACUCCAGCUUUACAGCGCCCUGUGCUCCCGAAUGUUGGGCCAGCGACCGGGGGGGGACGAGGGUUCCUCUCAGCACGGGAUGUCCCCCCAGGCCUUCUUCGUGCACUACCCCGCCCUGCAGCCCUUCCUGCUGGGGGAGCUGAGGCAGGCGGCCGGCGACUCGGGGGCGCCCCCUGGUGGGGCGCGACUGCACCUGCACCCCUCCCUGUUCCCCGUCCUCACCCUCCUGGGCAAGCUUCAGCCGGGCGUCCACGACGAGGCCCGGUGUUUGUCGGCGUUCUUACCGCCUCUGCUGCGGCUGGCCGCCAGCUCGAUCCACAACGUGAGGACGAUGGCCGCCCGGGCGCUGGUCGUCAUGACGCCCCCCGCCGAGUACGCCAGCACGCUGCUCCGGCUGGCGAGGGGUCUCCCGGCCCCCCCGGACCCCUGCUGCCACAACCGCCUGCACGGGCAGCUGCUGCAGAUUCGAGCCGUGCUGGCACGGGCGCUGGACCCGGACAGCACACACCUGGACUCUGAACUUUCUGAAGUGGUGGAGUGCUAUGAGUCCAAGCUGUGGCUUGUGACAUCAUCUCAGCGGUGCCCCCUGAUUCGCUCGUCCUACCUGAGUGUGUGCGCCCUAUUGGCCAGGUUCUUUUCAGCCAGCUUCCUGGACCAACUGCAAGCCGUGCUUCUGUCAGAACUACAAAACCCAUCAUCCCUCAAGCUCCAGAUAGGCUCCGCCUCCUUCCUCCAGAACGCCGUUCACUUCCUGUGCGAGGAGGCGGCGAGGACGGGGGACUCGCGGUGGGCGGGCCAGGCGUGGCGGAACCUUCCGGUGCUGAGCGCCGACGCGCGGCUGUCAUUGGUCGGCUGGGCCGCGGAUGGGCGGAGUCUCGGAGACGGCGGUCUGCAGCGGGUGGUGGAGGAAGCGCUGCGGGAGAACCUGAAGGUGGCGCUGCAGGACAGCAGUGUUGAGUACAGGCGGCUCUACUUGGCGGCGUUGGUGGCGGUAUUGUCGCCGAGCGACCCCGGCCUGCCCCGGGCGACCCCCCCACCCUCGCCACCGCAGGGGGACCUGGAGGAGUGCGCUGAGCUGCUGCUGGGGGCCCUGGAGCGCAGAGAGGGGGGCCCCGAACUCCUGUCCCAGUCUCUGUGCGCAGUCAGCCUGCUGCUGGCCCACUGCUCCUCGCCCGUAGAGCUGACUCAGCGCUGGUGUGGCCUGCUGGAGGUCUACCGGGCCCCAGAGGCCCCCGAGGUCCUGAGGCUGGCCUGCGCUCAGGCCCUGCGGCUGGCCGGGGCCCCCGUGGUCAGCGGGGCCCUGGGGGGCCACUCUCCACACGCAGCGUUGGCCCCCAGGUUGCUGGGCACCGCGCUGCACCUGCUGCAGGACGAGGACGCGCGGGUGAGGACGGAGGCCGCCCGCUUCGCCUCCGCGGUCGGCCACGCCCGCCGCGCCCGCCCGGGGGGGGAGCCCUGCUUUCUGAUGCAGGCGAACCUGGCCCUGCGGCGCGUCCUGGACCUGCUGCUGGAGGAGUUCUGGGAUAGCUGCCACACCCUGGAGGCCCUGCUGGGCCAGCUGCCACGGUGCGGCCUGAGUGCUCUGCUGGGGGACGUCCAGCUCACUGCGUGCGCCAGCCUGUACGAGCAGGACGAGCCCAACGUGUUCGCCGAGCCGGCCGUCAUGUCCGAGCGCCUGCUCCCCUACCUGCUGCGGCUGGCCGCGAAAGUCCCAGAAUCCCCCUGUCUCGCCGACCGCCUGCUGCGCUGGGCCAGGGAGAACGUGGCCGACGUCCUGGAGAACGUCGGCCUGUGCAAGCAGCUCUACCAAGGGGAGACCGCGGCCCCAGCUUGGCUGCCCCUGGCGGUGGAGCCGCGAUUCCACCGAGGGCUCUGCGGACUGUUCGCCCGGGCAGGCCUCCUGCUCGAACUGCUGGACGCCUGGGAGGAGCUGCGGUCUCUCUGCUGCCCCCUCUGGCUGCGAGCGGAACUGCAGCAGGCGUACCAGCUCCUCUACCUCAACGGCGUCCUGCUGCCGGAGUCUAUUCCCGCCAACAUCGGACUGCAGCGGCCUGCAUGAAAGCUGCUCAUCUGACGCCUCAGCUGCCAAACUUUAUAAAUAUGGUCUUCAUUGAAAAUAUGUAGAUAUAAAAUGUAUUAUUAAGAUAGUAUUCACAAUAUAUGGGCAUGUGUAGUUGUUUAAGUCGCUCUGGAUAAGAGCGUCUGCUGAAUGCCAAAAAAUGUACUGUAAAUAUUGCCACUUUCAGAUACUGCAGUAUAUUGCACUGCUGUAUAAAAAAAUAUAUAGCACUAUAUAUUUUCAAAAAAGGCCACAUAUUUCAGUAUAUUGCAGUUUAUUGCAUUUUCAUAAGGGAAAAAUGAUCAGGGUGUGUCCAGAUCACCCAGGGAAACUUCCAGCCUUCUCUUCAUGUACUGUUUAUUCCAAGAAGGAUGAAUUAUACAAGUAUCUCUCAUAAUGAGCUGGGCAUGGUGAUUCUUUUCAGUGUUUAUCCUAAUGUAUUUCCACCAGGGUUGAUGUACAGGAAAUAAAAUCACUAUAAUUUUUGUGUCUCGGCAAAUAAUGACAAAUAAUAUUAGUCGUUAUGCAACGGCAGUUCUGUGGCAACAAGAAUUUGCUCUGGGUUGUCACGAACGAUCGAUGUGUGUAACUGGCACCAAAAAACCAUGUAAUUGAUAUUGCUCGUACAGAAUCGUUUUCUGAAACCGUAAAUGCAUCCAGUGAUGAGUGCGAAGCUCAAUGCAUCUUUGACUUUUUAAAAAGGCUAAAAGGGUGCUACGUUUUAAACACCGCAAUUAUCUCACGCCCCCCGAACAUUUGAAGGGUUUGAAUGGGCCUCUGACACAGUAUCCGCUAAGUGCUUUGUGAGCAGAGAGUUAUGUAACGUAUGUUUUAUUUCGGUGCGGCGAAUGCAAACGUAUUAGCAUCGUCGCCGACAGCUAGCGAGGCGCAGCAAUUUUGAUUGGCCAGGCCGGAGCGAGAUUUCGGUUUAACUGUCGAACGUUCUCUUUUCCGAGGACACCAUGAGGAAAGACUGUUGUGAAAGAUUUGCACUGUCACUUGGUUGAGUGUUCAGUGUGAAGGCAUUAUGAAAUUUUUUAUGUUUGUUUGUCAAGGAAAAAUGAGAAAAGUAGGAUUAGUCGAUUUAGUCUGUUAGUCCCUGUCUGUUUUGUCAAACCAUAAAGCAACCUCUUCAUCUGCA